CCCUGGCGAGUAGGAGAGGGGGCAGGGGUGUGGUGGCGGCGCGGAGCCGCUCAGAGCCCUCCUCGGUGAAGUGUGGGCUGUGUUCCUUGUCUCUUCGGUCCCAUCUGGGCCUAAAGCCUGAGGUCCUAAGGCUUCCCUUCUGCUCGCCCUGCGGGCGCAGGACUGGGAGUUUGCGACCCCGGGGAGGGUGGAGAAGGAGCCCUUAGAGCAUGCGAAUGAAGACCGAGAUGGAUUUAGGCGAUUUUGCGGCCUGGGACUCGGGGCUGCCGGCGGCAGGCGGGAAGGGGAUGACCAGGAGCAAGAGCGGCAAAAACCUCUCCUGGUGUCUGUCACCAGCCAGCCCUUACUUUUGACCAGGAACGGAAAGGCCUUCGUAUAACUCUGGGAUUUGCCUGGUUGCUUCCCUGCGUCUCCUUGACUUUAUUUCUAAGAGCCACUGUUUUUAAUUACGUUUAUUUAUUUAUUUUUGCUAGCGUUCUCUUUCUAAAAAUUAACUAAAACUUACUACAUGUCAGAAGAGACAAUCAGAAUACUUUUCCCGUUUGGAGAGGAGUAUCCCUAUAUCCAUAUCUUAUGCCUUCAUUCAUCCGUCAUGGUCCGACGAUUCCAAGACGAACUGAUAUCUGUCUUCCAGAUUCAAGCACUUAUGCCUUUUCAGCUACUGGGGAUGGAGUGGUUUCCAGAAAUCAGAGUUUUCUUAGGACUCCAAUUCAGAGGCCACCUCAUGAAAUCAUGAGGAGAGAAAGCAACAGACUAUCUGCACCUUCCUACCUUGCAAGGAGUUUAGCAGAUGUCCCUCGGGAAUAUGGUUCUUCUUCUCAGGGUUUUUUAAUGGAGACCAAUGCUGCUGUUGAAAAUGGUGACACUAGUUCCUCUUACUAUUUUUUGGAUAAUUUUUUCAGUGGUCAAAGGAGGCAGUUGCCUGGAGAUCCUGUACAUGAAGACUACAGAUAUGAAUACAACAGUGAUAUCUUCCAAAGAAUUCCACACAGUCAGGGGAGGCAUGUGUCAGCCAUUGGGAAGGUUGUUACCACAUCUUUAGGGAAUUUAAAUCACAGUUCUGAAGAUAUACCCCUUCCUCCUGGCUGGUCUGUUGACUGGACAAUCAGAGGAAGAAAAUACUACAUAGAUCAUAACACAAACACAACUCAUUGGAGCCAUCCUCUUGAGCGAGAGGGACUUCCUCCAGGAUGGGAGCGAGUUGAGUCAUCAGAAUUUGGAGUAUAUUAUGUAGAUCAUCUGAAUAAGAGAGCACAAUAUAGACAUCCAUGUGCUCCUAGUGUACCCCGGUAUGAUCAGCCUCCUCCUUUAACUUAUCAACCUCAUCAAGCUGAAAGAAACCAGUCCCUUCUGGUACCUGCAAAUCCAUACCAUUCAGCAGAAAUCCCUGACUGGCUUCAGGUUUAUGCUCGGGCUCCUAUGAAAUAUGACCAUAUUCUGAAAUGGGAACUCUUCCAGCUUGCUGACCUCGAUACAUACCAGGGGAUGCUAAAGCUGCUCUUUAUGAAGGAACUGGAACGUAUUGUUAAAUUGUAUGAAGCAUACAGAGAAGCUCUUCUGACAGAAUUAGAAAACCGCAAGCAAAGACAGCAGUGGUAUGCCCAGCAACAUGGCAAAAAUUUUUAAGCUAAUUUUUAAUGAAAAUUUGUGAAGUUUUAUAAUGACUUUAAAAUGUUUUCACUUAAAAAAAAAAAAAAACUUUUGGCUAAGAAAAGCAGCUUUCAUUUUGUUGAUAUUGCACUAUUAAAUAAUUCUGUAUAUAUUUGGAUUUAUAUGGCAAAACACUCCUUUUUUGAUUAAAGAAAUAAAUGUAGCUUAUUCCCUUGAGAGCCAGGUAGUGCUGAUUCAGUUGAUUCUAACAUUACCUUUUAAAAGUUGUGUUGUUUAGGAAACUGCCAAAUGAAUUUUAUAAAUUGAGUUAUAUAUAAUGAAGAACACUAUCACUACCAAACAGUUAUUAUUAAACACAAAAAUCAUCAUUUGGUAAUUUCUUAGAGCUGAGAAGUACCAAUGGAAAAAUCAAGUUUAUUACACAUACACAGAUGUGUGUAUGCGUGUGUGUGUGUGUGUGUGUGUGUGUGUUUGCGUGUGCUUACAUACAAAUGUUAUGAUAUUUACAUAACAGAUAUUUACAGCUCUAUAUAUUAAACUAAAAUAAUGAAGAUAAUUCAAUUACUAUGUAAUAGUACAAAACAUGUCAAAAUGGGACAGUUAUUUAUAACUUUCAUAUAAUGAACUUUAAAAACUUCAAGAAAGCUUUAUUUAAAGAUGUUUUCAGUUUACUUGCAAAAACAUUCUUUAGCAUAAGAGGGAGAGGGACUUGGAUCUCACACUAUUAUGUGUCCUGAGGCACAAGCCUACCUCUGGGAGACAGUGAGAAUAGAAAAGAAGACCUGAAUAGAAUCCUGGCUUUGCAGUUUGCUACCUUUGUGAUGUUGGGAGUGUCAUUUGACUUUUAUGGACUUCAGUUUCACAUCUGUAAAAUGACAGGCUUGGAUAAGAUGAAUUCUAAGGCUCUAUUUGGUCCAUCACUUUUACCAAUCUUAGUAUAAUGCUGCAGAAACACAAUUUAGCUUAAUGUAAUCAUUGUGGUCUUUUUUUUUUUAUCAAAACAUAGUAGAUUUAUAUCUUGAUAUGUUGAUAGGUUGAUUAAGCCAUCAAACUAAAGAGCAGGGAUUCAGCAAGAAGAUAUUUUCAAAAUUAUUUGACAUUUUUAUGUCUUGUAAGAAUUUUUCAUAAAGCUUUUAGAUUAUAUAACUAUUCUUCUGAAUUAUUUUUUAUUGUUUCCAUAAGUUGUCUAAAUGUUUAGGAUCAUGUUUAGUGCAAUACUUACAAUGAUUUCAUGUGACAUUUCCUUAUAAGUCCCAAGAAGUCAAUAAAUUUCAAAGGUUUUUUUUUCAGAGUAUGUUUUAUCACUUAUAUGUGCAUUGAUAAUACCAUAUAAUAAGUCUAUAUUGUUAUAAAAAAGAUUUUCACUUUAUGAAAAGCUUCUUAAUUAUAGUUUUAUGAAAUUUAAGUAUGUUUGCUUGAGUUCAUGUAAUUCAAUUUACUAGUAAAGCAGUAGUUGAAAUAAUCAGAAAUAUCACUGACACUGAAGAUUGUGAUGUUACUGUAUUUUUCAAUUGCCUUCAACAUAUAGUAUAUAGUAACAUGUUGGACAUAAAAACUUUAAAGAUCUUUCUCAUCCUAAAAAUUCUUUUACCACUCAUAUUGUUCUAACUAAUUAGGAUUAGAGCUUUUUUUUUUUCUUUUUUCUUUCUUUCUUUCUUUCUUUUUUUUUUUUUUUUUUUUAAAGAAAUUAGGCAAUAUAAGAGUAUAAUUUGCUUUCCCUCAGGGGACACAUUUCUGUAAUAUGAAUUCUUAUCCAGUUCUAAAUGAUCAAUUCCUUUGGAAGCUUUAAAACCUUGUGCCUUUCAACAUAUUUAUUUUACAAGUUUGUAUUUAAACUAUUACUGAUUAAAAUUAAUAUUUUAUUUUAGUUUAUCAAUUGAUCUUUAGAUGGGAAGUGUCUACAUUUCUUAAAAAUCACAAAAUAAAUUUUUUAACAAAAUCCAGUUUUUGUAAAAAUAUAAUGGUAUUGUACAAAUUGUGAUAACCAAUCUUUAUCAUACUGUCUUCAAACUUCUCAAAUACUCUAAUGACAUAAUCGGUCUCUCAGGAAAGUGAACUUUAAUAAUAGUACAACCUGGUCAAAGAAUAAACUCGUAAGGAAUUCAUUUUAUAUAUUAUUCUAGAAGGAAAAAGAACUACAAGACAGUGGAAUUUUGGAAUAUGUUUGUAAAAUUAUUUUUUGUUCAUUUAUGACAAAUAGAAGGACCACUUUAAUCACGAAAAAGAAAAAAAACUAUAGUUUUUGACACAACAAAUGAAAAAUGUAAUCAAAAUAACAGUUUAUAGUAUGUCUAAAAUGAUAAUAGUAUGUAUCAAACAUUGGAUUAAUAUAAUAUGCUUAUACAAA